AUGGCUGAAAGCAUCAUUGAUUUUGUGCUUGUUGCAAUUAUUUUAGCCGCACUGGCUGUUGCCACUUUGAUUCUUUUAUUUAUGUACUCUACCCGAAUUCGUCAACCCUUCCAAAAAUGUUUGGGUAGGAGGACUGAUAAAACGGAAGACGUGGAAACAGGGAUUGCACCAAAAAGAACAACUAUUCGUGUUGUGAAGUCAUUGCCCAAUAGUUCCCUUCCACCAACACCAUCGGCAUACACUAAACCACCGAUUCGCAGGUAUUUCAAUGUUUUAAAUUUACCGGGUUCCAGACAAAAACAAUUUCAGAGUUCAUACAAAUCCAGUCGAGGAAUCUGA